AAAAUAGAGAAACUUCCAAGAUGGCGGAGUCCGUAGGAUCCAUGCAUUUCUCAGCUAAUGGCAAAACAAAUCCUCCAAACCCCUUGUUACCCAAAAUACCACCGGAGAGUCGACUACAGUCUUCCAACGCUGUCCACCCUCCACCGCCAAAGAAAGUCCGAAUCGAGGAGAAGAGUUUGAAACACAAGAAAUUGAACGGGGACGUAAUGUGUGCAGGGGAAAAACACAACGGGAAGCAGAGUUAUGGGAGCCCAGCGAAAUGGAGUUUCGGCCCGGCCAAGCCGAGCAACUCCACCUCGCCAGCUCCCGCACGAAAGAUCUUCAAGAUCAGCAACUUUCUCGCCUCUCCUACGAAAGUGAAGAAACCGAAUGAGAAAAGGCACAAGGAAAAAGAUAAGAGCGCUAAAACGCAGAGUUCACUCAUGGAGAAAGGGAACCUUGGGAGUUGCCAUACAAAGACGGAAAAUUGUGAUGUGAAUAUGUUACAGCGAGAACACACUGGCAAAGACGAGGAGAGAGAGAAGAAAAAGGAGAGUGAUAAAGAGAGGGACAGGGAGAAGAAGAACCACCAAGUUAUGGUUGUGAAUGAUGUAGGGAGGGAGAACAGAGCGGUGAAAUCUCCACUGAAAGAGUCAACAGAGAAGCCAAAAGUCAACUCGGAGGACGAGCUCCUCUUGAAAAAGCUAAAGAAGAAGAAGAAGAAAAAGAAGCACAAAGACUGCGAGAGGGCGAGACGCAGCCGGCCCAAGAUGUACCACCGCUCCAGCCAGACGGUGUGUUCUGGUGUAACUGUGGACCUGCCGGACCUGCUCAACACACCAGACAGGAGUAACUACAACACCAAUAACAGUUUCUUCCAAACCUUCCCAAGUCCCCAUCAGGAUCCUUCCAGCACCACCACUGCUACCUCCAUGUCCUCCAUGGUCAGGGAGAGGUUGGGCUACGGCUCCCCCCUCCACAGUACCCAGUCCCAGGGCAUUUCAGAGCUGGAGUUUGGCCGUCUGAUCCAUGUGGAGCAGCAGGCCAAUGGAGGAGCCUCGGUGGCCCACGCCUACUGCCAGCAGCUGGCCUGUCUCUCCCCGGCCGAGAUGCAGCGCUUCGCCCAGGAGUUUGUCACCCUGUCAUUCAGCGAGGACCAAGCUGACGCGGCCCACUACGUCAUGGGCAUCAUCCAUGGAGCGGCCUCCUACCUACCAGACUUUCUGGACUACUUCUCCUACAAGUUCCCCAAUGCACCGGUCAAGAUGGAGGUGCUGGGGAAGAAGGAUAUAGAGACCACCACCAUGGCCAACUUCCACACUCAGGUGAAGCGUACCUACUCCCAGGGGACAUACCGUGCGGGGGCCAUGCGGCAGGUCAGCCUGGUGGGGGCUGUGGACGAGGAGGUGGGAGACUACUUCCCUGAGUUCAUCAACAUGCUGGAGGAAUCUCCCUUCCUAGAGCGUACCCUGCCCUGGGGCACGUUCUCCAGCCUGCGCCUGCGGAGCCCCACAGAGAGUGACGACGGACCCAUCAUGUGGGUCAGACCAGGGGAACAGAUGAUCCCUGUGGCUGACAUUCCCAAGUCCCCCUUCAAGAGGAAGAGGUCGACCAAUGAGAUCAAGAACCUGCAGUACCUGCCGCGGGCCAGCGAGCCCAGGGAGAUGCUAUUUGAGGACCGGACCAGAGCCCACGCCGACCACAUCGGACAGGGCUUCGAGAGACAGACCACUGCCGCCGUGGGGGUGCUCAAGGCCGUGCGCUGCAGAGAGGGUGAUGCUCCUGCCAGGGUAACCAAAGACGUGGUGUGUUUCCACGCUGGAGAUUUCCCCGAGGUGGUCCAGAGGCUCCAGCUAGACCUGUACGAACCACCCCUCUCACAGUGUGUGCAGUGGAUAGAUGAUGCCAAGCUAAACCAGCUGAGGAGAGAGGGCAUCCGCUACGCCCGUAUCCAGCUCUACCACAACGACAUCUACUUCAUCCCCAGGGGAGUGGUGCAUCAGUUCAAGACUGUGUCUGCUGUCUGCAGCCUGGCCUGGCACAUCCGCCUCAGACAAUACCACCUGGAUCAAGAGAGGGAGGAGGAGAGCUGUACUUCUACAAGGGCAACAAGUCAAGUCAUAGAGGAGGAGGAAGAAACAGAGGAGAGUGAGGAGGAGGAGUGGGGGAAAAAGGAGGACAAUCCUACACAGCCACGGACGCAGGUGAAGACUGAGGAAGAGGGAGGGGAAAGGAUGCCCGUACAGGAGCCGCCACUAGUUUGCAAGGAGGAAGACGACACAGAGGAGGAGAAAGGAGGGGAGAGAGGAGGCUGUACACCUACACUGACAUUACCUUUAGUCGAGGAGGAGAGGGAGGAAGGGAACCCACUCACAGAGACACUACUGGAAGUCAAGGAGAGAAAGGAGGUUGACGAGCAUCACAAGAUAGAAGAGAUGGAGAGAAAAGGAGCAAGAGAUGGCAGUAUACCCACACAGAUGCAGCCAGAAGUGCAUAUGGAGGGAGAGGGAGAUAGAGAAGAUAGGGAACUCUCAAAGGCUUCACAGCAGGCUGGGAUAGAGAGAGAGGAGGAAGGAAGACACCACAAGACACCUCCACAAGUCCAGAAAGAAAGAGAGAGUGGAAAGGAUGGUAACACAGCCACACAAACACCACCACAAGUCAAGAAAGAGCGAGAGAAAGUGAAGGGGAAAGAUUUAGAGAAAGAUGGAAAAGAGAGGGAGAAAGUAGAGAGGGUGAAAGAUAAAGAGAAGAAGGAGAGAGUGAAAGAGAAGGAGAAGAAAGAGAAGGUAAAAGAUGGGGACAGAGAAAGGGAGAGAGGGAAAGAUGGAGAGAAAGUGAAGGGGAAAGAUGAGAGUGUGAUGGAAAGCACCACACAAACACAGACGUCUCCACCCAUUAGGAAAAAGGAGGAUGAGGAGAGGGCAAAAGAGGAGAGGAAACACACACAUCCAUCCCAACACACCCAGAGGGAGGAGAAGGGAGUGAGGGAAACAGACACAGCCUCAAAGACACCGCCUCAAAUCAAGAAGGAACGAGACCGGGACAGAGGUGGUAGUGGUACACAGUCACACACACGGCAAGAGAGAGAGGAGGGCAGAGAGAGUAGCACACAUAGACACAAACCCUCACAUGGAAAGAAGGAGAGAAACGGGUAUAGGGAGGGUAAAGAGGGUAACCCAUCCAUACACACUUCACACACCAAGCCAGGGAGAGAGGAAGAUGGGAAGGCUGUCACUUCUAGACACACACCCUCACAUGUGAAGAAGGAGGGGAAGAGGGAAAGAGGGGUCAACCAUAAGGAGGAAAGGAAGAAACCGCCCUCUGCCCCUAGCUGCCCCCCUUCGGACCACAAACCCCCACGGACGCUCGUAACCUUUGACCUCUUUAAGCCUAUGGAGGCAUUUCAAGCCCCGCCCCUCUCCCUGGCAGACAAGUCUCACCACCACAGUGACUGUCGAGGCGCUCUCUCCAAGUCUGAGAGCCGGACGCUAGCGCCCUCUAAAGGACCAAAAGUAAAGGACACGACACACACCAAACCUGCAGUUCCUUUCCAGGACAAACGGCCGCAGCACUCCUUAAAACACCCCCUGAAACCACACACCACACAUGCACAGCAGAAAGCCUUUUUAUUAUGA